UGCACACUCUCCCUCCUCAGAUAUCUGUUUCUGCUCUGCUGUCUCCCUGACACACACACUCACACAGAGGGAGGCUGAUAACUGUGAUUCCGCUGCUGAAUUUUUAACGCUGUUGUGGAACUUUUUUUUUUUCCAGUCGGGUUACUGUGGCACCGGGGUACUGUUACACAGACAGAGACGGGGAGACUGGGCUCAACUCUUUUCUGUUGUUUACUGAGGCUGCACUGACCCAGACUGUGCAUGGAGUGUAUGUUCAACCCGGUCCUGAUGCUGUUACCGUAACACUAUGACCCUCAACACUCAGCGAGAGAAGGAGCCUCUGCGGCGCCGAGGUAGCACUCCAAUUCCUCCGCUUUACCAGCAGCUAACUGGGACUUGGGACCUUCAAAGGUCUGUGAGCACACAGCCAGAGCGCCCUGCUCCAACUCGCAGCCACCCUCCUUUAGGGCAGUCAGCAUCUUACCAUCCCGGAGACAAGUCCCUCCAUUACCGCGCACACUGGAGUUCUGACUCAGAUGACGACUCCCAGAGUGAAUCAGAGUGUGUUUACAGAGUGGUGUUGCUUGGCGACCACGGAGUCGGCAAGACCAGCCUUGCAGGAAUCUUUGCCGGAAUCACGGAGAAAGAUGAACACCCUGGAGGGGACAUAUAUGAGCGCACAAUGACAGUGGAUGGAGAGGAAACAACACUAAUAUUGAUGGAUACUUGGGAGAAUGAUAAAUUGAAAAAGGGAGACCCAGCUUGUCAUGAUGACUGUCUAAAGGUGGGGAGUGCUUAUGUUAUUGUUUACUCCGUCACCGACCGUUCAAGUUUUGAUUCAGCUGCUGAGCUCCGCAUCACGCUAAGGCGAGCCCGACAAGCCGAGAAUCUCCCCAUCAUUCUUGUAGGAAACAAGAGUGACUUGGUCCGGGCCAGAGAGGUCGCUGUGGAAGAGGGCCGAGCUUGUGCUGUGGUGUUUGACUGUAAAUUCAUUGAAACGUCGGCAUCUCUGCAGCAUAAUGUGUCUGAGCUGUUUGAGGGGGUGGUGAGACAGAUUCGUCUUCGUCGGGAAAGCACUGACGUAACAAGGCACAGAAACUCAAUCUACAAACGCAAAGAGAGUCUAACACAGAAGGCUCGCCGUUUCUUGGAUCGACUGGUGGCACGAAACAACCAGCGAAUGGCAGUGAAAGUGCGCUCCAAGAGCUGCCACGACUUAGCUGUUCUUUAAGACUUCAGGACUGUUAUUGUGACUUCUUGAACGGUUGUGAUACUGCGUACUUUAGCUAUGUAUCACAAUCAGUGGGUCAACCUCAAACAAAGCUUUCAGUACAAAUGAAAUGACCAAAGGUACUCACUGUGACUAGCUGGUUCCAUUGUUUUACUGUCUUGUGUCAAAAUCAGUGUCACUUUACCUGCAAAUGGCUAUAAUUUGAAGAAUUCAGAUGGAUGUAACAGACCGUAGUUGUAUGGUUUAGCGUUGAUAUGAAUGUCUGUAAAUGUGUCAGUAAAGGUGAUGUUAUUCUUCAUCAUGGAGAACCUGA